GAAGCCCAAAAACAACGCUCAGAUAUCGAGUCAAUGGUGGCAUCGUUACGCGAACGUGCUGAAAAAGCUGAGGCAACCUUGAGAGAAGAUCGUGCACGUUUACAAGAGGACCAGACGGCUUUGGAGAAAUCGGUAGAGGAGCAGAAGGAGAAGGAAAUACUGAUACCUUUAUCUUCGGAACCAGAGGUGGAAAAGAAGCUCGCCGAACCGUCCGAUGUACUCAUAGACCUUACAUCGACUACAGCUGUUGAAAUGAACACAAGUGAUGAACUGCAACAACUACGAGCAGAGAUUGCUCAGCUGAAUAAUCUGAAUGCACAGCUGUCGUCACGGAUACAACAACUGGAGGACGAAAGAAAUCUUGUUGAGGACUCGCAAAGGGAUACGGAAGACUUGCUCGAAGAUCCAAAGAACGGCGAUGAAGCGUUCUUUGAUAAAUCGGCAAUGCUUGACAAGUUCAAGAAAUUGGAAGCUGAGACGCAGAACGUGGUCAUGGAUAUGUCGCAGAAAGCUGAAGUUGCGGAAAUGGAGAACAUACGAUUGACUCAAGAGCUUAGGAAGAAUAUAUUGAGAAGGCUCAUGUGCAAAGAGAAGCGCUAG